AUGGCAAGCCAAGGUCCUCCACCAUCAUCGCUCCCUCCCUCCAUGGGUCCUGGCGCCCAUCCUGUUCAACCUGGAAAUACAUCUCGAGUGCAGAUGUGGGACAGGUCCACUUACAAGGUUCAGAUCGACUCUGAAUACCUUACUCUAAAGUACACGCCGCGUGACAGAGGUGAAGUUCAACAGCAUGUUUCCUUCAACAACCUUCCCCUCGGUUCCUUUAAGAGAUGGCUCUUAUAUGGUGGUCCCCAGAGGGCCUACUCUUCUGGCAUCUACGCCAUCGACACUAUCCGUGUCUUUGAGGGUUUGGUCGAAAGACAGCUCACGCCCCGAGAAGCCGAAGGCCUUGUCUAUCUGACCUCAAAUACUGAGGUGUAUGCAAUUACCGGCAGCUUGGUCGGUUGUUUGGCUGGCAGUACAUAUGCCUGGCGCACUCGCGAGAAAAUGAAGUUCCCUCUCCGCGCUGCCCAGCCUCUUGAAAGAUAUAACAACUUUCCUAAUCGAUACCUUCCCAUUCUCCGCGGCUCCGUCGCCCAGACCGCCUGGCAUAUAACGAGAGCCAACGUUUGGGCCGCUGCGGGUGUCAUGGCCAUCCGUCCACUAUUUGCCGCAAUGGGGAACUAUGCCUUAUGGUCGGGCCUCGCUGAAGACGAGCGCACUAAAGAUCUACCCCCGUUGAUACAGGCCAAUAGUAAGGAGAGGCGCCAGAGGGGAGAAAAUACUCGCACGCGAGGGCCUCAUCAAGCUCAGCACAUUAAAGCACAGGACGAUCUACAAAGUCAAGCCUUGGACCAAGAUCAAGCCUAUACCCUUGACCAAGCCCCUCAGGAUUGGGAUCAGCAGACCUUUUCCAAGAAUGACUCUGAGACUCGUGACUUUCGCGGACCAGGGGAUUUCAAGCCGACAGAGCCCGUUGCUCCGUCGGUCAGUGGACGCGGUAACUCACACAGUUUCCCGAACCCCAACAAGCCACCAGCAAAUGCAGAUGUUUUCUUCGAUGACGAUGAUGACGCUUCGCCAACUGCCGGUCAGGCCCUCAGACCAGAAUCACAGGGCGGAAGUGCUUGGGAUCGCAUUCGCAAGGGGGAGAGCUCUGGCCCUUCCAGUCGACAAGCACAGAACCAGGGUUAUACACCUAACUCGCCUUCCCCUACAUCCCCGCGUGGCUGGAGGCGAGUAGGAACACAAAAACAAGACGCCCAGUUCGAGAACUCGGCCGAUAGCUUUUCCUUCUCCAAGACUGAAGCUGAUAAGCAGUUUGGCCGCGAGCAAGCGCAGAAGGACUUCGACGACAUGCUCGACCGCGAGAGAAGGCAGAGUGGCAGUGACGAUUAUGACCGUGGGAUGAAGGCUGUCGAGUCUGGUCAGGAGAACCCGACAAAUUCUGACCUGAGUUUAUGGGAGCAGAGGCGGAGGAGAAAUUGA